AUGGAAAUGGAAAGUGAUGGACAGGAGCAAGGAAAGAACAUAGUGCGGAAGCCCUACGUGGUGAACGAGAUGGAAUACGAGGCCAGUCUCCCCGAGAAGAAGUCAAACACGCUCUCACGAGACCUCAUUGACUACGUGCGGUACAUGAUACAGAACCACGGAGAGAACUACAAGGAAAUGGCUCGAGAUGAGAAGAACUACUAUCAAGAUACUCCCAAACAGAUUAAGAGAAAGAUCAAUGUGUACAAGAAUUUCUAUCCAGAGGAGUACAAGGAGUUCAUUGCAUCACUCAAGCAGGAAAAGAUGGAUGUGCAAUGA